CACUUUUAACCCAUAAACCUUUUUUUCCCCCACCUCUUAUUUUGCCUCCUGGUUCCUUUUUCGGAUUACUUAUCUGUCAGCAACAAAGGGUGGGAACCACAGGGCCGCCCGGCUGUGUUGUUAAUCUCACGGGGGGGCGUGGCUAAGGCCUUUUAACGGUUACGUAACGGAAGGGAAAACGUGACCACGUUGGUCGACGCCACAGCCCGUGCUACAAAACUGAGUCAGCCGUCAGGAAAUCAGCUGAGCGUUUCCCCUCUGACGGCCACAUUCCGCACAUAGCUAGCGCCCGACAUCUGGGACCCGGAGGAGGAGGAGGAGGCUCCAACCGUCCACCAACCGUCCUCCAACCGUCCUAUAACCCCCACCACCACCACCCACCCACCUCCCCCGGACACGUACUCGCCGUGACAUCCCGACUCGGCUCGCAUGGAGGAGGGCUGGCGUCCGGCGGAGAGGGCGCGUUUGGGACGUUUUUCCUCCAGCGGCGAAGAAUGAGAAGAAAAAGCAACGAUGUGCUCAACUGACAGCAAGGCGGAGCUGCGCGCGACCUCGUCAGACCCCGCGCUCCUCCUGGAGCUGAAGACCCGGCGGCCCCCCUCCCUGCUGGACCUGGCCGGAUGCGAGACCUGGAGCGUGGACUUCUCCCCGGACGGGGCCUGGUUCGCCUGGUCCAUGGGCCACGGCAUCGUCUGGGUGGUCGCCUGGCCUCUAGACUCAGAAGAGGGUCAGGAUGGAGAGACGGACAGGGGAGACAAGAGCUUCAGCUGCGGUCACCCCGUGUGGGGGCUGGCCUUCGGGCCCCGGCCCCCCAAAGGGGCUCCGGCCAGGAGGCCGGCAAAAGGGAAAAACAGCCUGCUCCUGGCCACGGGCCUGGAGAACGGGGUGAUAAAGAUCUGGAACGUGCUAACGGGGAAUGCCGUUUUUGAUCUCCACGGCCAUGAGGGAGUGGUGAGGGACCUGGUUUUCCCUCAGAACGGGACGCUCACACUCAUAUCGUCUUCCAGGGACAAGACUUUGAGGAUCUGGGAUCUUGCUCACAAAGGCAGGAAGGUGCAGGUCCUCUCUGGACAUAAGGACUGGAUCAACUGCUGCUGCGUGUCCUCCGACUGCAGCAUGAUCGCCUCGGUGGGCAGAUUUGACAGAAUGGUGUGUUUGUGGAGCCUCCGCUCGUACACGUUCAUCCGGAACCUGUCGGGCGGCGCCCAUAAGACCCUGUGCCUGCUGUCGUCCUGCGAUUUCUCCCCGGACGGCGCGGUUCUGGCCACCGCGGCCUUCAGCGGCUCCAGCUGGUGGAUCGACCUCUGGGACCCGUACACGGCCGAGAAACUGGCCACUCUGGCGGACUACUUUGAAGAUUACGGGCAAAAUCAAAUAUCGGCCAUCCAGUUCUCUCCCAACGGCUUGCAUUUGGCCAUCGUGACCGAUGACAGAGCUCUGAGGAUCUGGGAGCCGGGGGAGAGGAGGAUGACCAUGCAGACGAGGAGGGACAGAGACUCCAACGGGCUGUGCUGCAACUACCAUCCACAGGGAGGAGUCGUAGCCACCGGGACCAGAGACGGGCACGUGCGGUUCUGGACGGCCCCCCGCUCGGUGCCCAGCCUGUGCCACCUGUGCCGGUCCAUCCUGCGCCACUCCGUCUCCACGCACCAGAUCCAGGCGCUGCCGCUCCCCAGGAGGAUCCUGGAGUUCCUCACCUACAGAAACAUCCCCGAGCGCCUGAAGACCUGCUGCUCCUCGGACGAAGAGGACUGGGAGAGUUAA